UCCCGUCCUCCCGCACCGUCUCCUAGGUGACGGGCUGCUUUACGGCCGGCAGGCGCUGCCAUCACGACAGUUGGCCGGAAGCCCAAUCAGCGCCCCCCAUCCCAUUUCCCGAAGCUUAAGCUCCAGUCGCCGGCUCUAGCGUCACCGUGACCCCGGGUCCCCGGCCGUCCGCCUCGCCGAGGGCCGCAGCCGCCACGCCACCGGGAUGCCGGAAAUUAAAGUCACCCCCUUGGGGGCUGGGCAGGACGUGGGGCGCAGCUGCAUCCUGGUGUCCAUCGCGGGCAAGAACGUCAUGCUGGACUGCGGCAUGCACAUGGGCUACAACGACGACAGGCGCUUCCCGGACUUUUCCUACAUCACCCAGAGCGGGCGGCUGACCAACUUCCUGGACUGCGUGAUUAUCAGCCACUUCCACCUGGACCACUGUGGGGCCCUGCCCUACUUCAGCGAGAUGGUGGGCUACGACGGCCCCAUCUACAUGACCCACCCCACCAAGGCCAUCUGCCCCAUCCUGCUGGAGGACUACCGCAAGAUCACCGUGGACAAGAAAGGGGAGACCAACUUCUUCACCUCGCAGAUGAUCAAGGAUUGCAUGAAGAAGGUGGUGGCCGUCCACCUCCACCAGACCGUCCAGGUGGACGAAGAGCUGGAAAUCAAAGCGUACUACGCGGGCCACGUGCUGGGGGCUGCCAUGUUCCAGAUCAAAGUUGGGGCCGAGUCGGUGGUGUACACGGGCGACUACAACAUGACCCCGGACCGGCACUUAGGGGCCGCCUGGAUCGACAAGUGCCGGCCCAACCUGCUCAUCAGCGAGUCCACCUACGCGACGACCAUCCGAGACUCCAAACGCUGCCGCGAGCGGGACUUCCUGAAGAAAGUCCACGAGACGGUGGAGCGAGGCGGGAAGGUGCUCAUCCCCGUGUUCGCCCUAGGCCGCGCCCAGGAACUCUGCAUCCUGUUGGAGACGUUCUGGGAGAGGAUGAACCUGAAGGCCCCCAUCUAUUUCUCCACGGGCCUGACGGAGAAGGCCAACCACUACUACAAGCUCUUCAUCACCUGGACCAAUCAGAAGAUCCGGAAGACCUUUGUCCAGAGGAACAUGUUCGAAUUCAAACACAUCAAGGCCUUUGACCGGGCAUUCGCGGAUAACCCUGGCCCCAUGGUGGUGUUUGCCACCCCAGGGAUGCUACACGCCGGCCAGUCCCUCCAGAUUUUCCGCAAGUGGGCGGGGAACGAGAAGAACAUGGCCAUCAUGCCGGGCUACUGCGUGCAGGGCACCGUCGGCCACAAGAUCCUGAGCGGGCAGCGCAAGCUGGAGAUGGAAGGACGGCAGAUUCUAGAGGUGAAGAUGCAGGUGGAGUACAUGUCGUUCAGCGCCCACGCUGACGCCAAGGGCAUCAUGCAGCUGGUGCGGCAGGCCGAGCCGCAGAACGUCCUGCUGGUCCACGGGGAGGGCAAGAAGAUGGAGUUUCUGAAGCAGAAGAUCGAGCAGGAGUUCCGAGUGAACUGCUACAUGCCCGCCAACGGGGAGACCGUCACCCUGCUCACCAACCCCAACAUCCCCGUGGGCAUCUCGCUGGGCUUGCUCAAGAGAGAGACGACGCCGGGUGUCCCGCCUGACCCCCAGAAGCCCAGGCUCAUGCACGGGACGCUCGUCAUGAAAGAAAACAGCUUCCGCCUGGUGUCGUCGGAGCAGGCGCUGACGGAGCUGGAGCUGGCCGAGCACCAGCUGCGCUUCACCUGCCGUGUGCACAUCCAGGAGGCCCGCAAGGAGCAGGAGGCCGUGCUGCGCGUCUACAACCACCUCAAAGGCAUCCUGAAGGACCACCCGGUGCAGCACCUGGCUGACGGCUCCGUCGUGGUGGGCUCCAUCCUCAUCCAGGCCACGGCCCACUCGGAUGACCCGGCCACCAAGGUGCUGCUGGUCUCCUGGACCUACCAGGACGAAGAGCUGGGCAGCUACUUGACGGCACUGCUCAAGAAAGGCCUGCCCCAGGGCAGUGGCUGAGGGCGUACGGAUGGGUGCGGGGAACGUUUUGUAAUAAAACAUUGGUGGAAGCCA